AAAGUUCGCGAAGGUUCCCGAAGCGGAACCGGCCGUUUCCGGAAACUGGCUGUAGCCAGAGGAGUCAGACCGCAGAUUGCGGUGGAAGAGUCUUUGCAGCCGCCGCUGCGGUCCGGCUUCUGUCAGCUUGCCGGUCGGGGCGGAGAGAGACAUGUCCUUGCUCUGCUACAACAGAGGCUGCGGCCAGCGCUUCGACCCCGAAACCAACACCGAUGAUUCUUGCACAUACCAUCCAGGAGUUCCAGUCUUUCAUGAUGCUUUAAAGGGUUGGUCUUGCUGUAAGAGAAGAACAACAGAUUUUUCAGAUUUCUUAAGCAUUGUAGGCUGUACAAAGGGUAAGCACAAUGAUGAGAAACCCCCUGAGCCUGUCAAACCCGAAGUCAAGACUACCUCAGAGAAGAAGGAAUUGUCUGAGUUGAAACCUAAAUUUCAAGAACACAUUAUCCAAGCCCCUAAACCAGUAGAAGCAAUAAAAAGGCCAAGCCCAGAUGAACCAAUGACAAACUUGGAGUUGAAAAUAGCUGCUUCACUAAAACAAGCACUGGAUAAACUUAAACUGUCAUCUGAGAAUGAAGUAGAUAAAAAGGAUGAGGACAGUGAUGAAAUUAAGAUUGGGACUUCUUGUAAAAAUGCUGGCUGUGUAAAGACAUACCAAGGUCCACAGAGUAUAGAAGAAGUUUGUAUUUUUCAUUCUGGAGUCCCUAUUUUCCAUGAAGGGAUGAAAUAUUGGAGCUGUUGCAGGAGAAAAACUUCUGAUUUUAAUACAUUUUUGGCCCAAGAAGGAUGUACAACAGGAAACCAUUUGUGGACAAAAAAAGAUGCUGGGAAAAAAGUUGUUCCAUGUAGGCAUGACUGGCAUCAGACAGGAGGUCAAGUCACCAUCUCAGUAUAUGCUAAAAAUUCACUUCCAGAGCUUAGUCAUGUAAAGGCAAAUAGCACACUGUUAAAUAUCCAUAUUGUAUUUGAAGGAGAAAAGGAAUUUCAUCAAAAUGUCAAAUUAUGGGGAGUAAUUGAUGUGAAGAGGAGUUAUGUAAAUAUGACAGCCACAAAGAUUGAGAUCACAAUGAGAAAAGCUGAACCUAUGCAGUGGGCAAGGCUUGAACUACCUUCACCCAAAAUACAAGAUGAAAAAAAAGAAGAUAUAGCAGAUUGAGAGCAAGGUGGGGGGCGGGGGGAGGGAAUGGGAUGUUAGUUAUUACCUGUUCUGAGGUUCCUAAUACUAUGUGGUGAAGUGGUGACUUGUUAUUGUAAUCAUAUACACACAUAGAUACAUGUAUGUAUGCACAUACAUGUUAUUAAUAUGGCAUUCCAUACCUAGUCAAAAAUAGAUUCCUAGAAACCAAAAUCUUUUCUUUUCCCAUAUUCCUUUGAACUAAUAAUGGGAGUGUUCUUACUACCUAAAUAUUGAACUUAUUAAAUUCCUGAGUCAGAAAAAGAAAGAUCUCUCCCCUUAAUAUCAUUCAGUACUUCUCAGUAUCAUAGUUGUGUUAAUGGGAGAAACAGGAAGGGGGCAUUUCAUGUGUUUCUUUUAUUCAUGUUGCUAUAGUACUGUGAAAUACAGAGCUUUUAUUCAAUUCUUCUAGAUGUUUGGGUUCCAUAGUUGUAGAUGAGGGGAGGGGCUGUAAGCAGCAGAAAUUUUUUUUUCCAUUUUAAGUUACCUGAAUCACAUACCACAUGGUAUAAGUAAGUUAGACCAUUAAAAUAGGAUGGACAUUUUUUUUCUAGGAGAAUAUUCUUAGAGGUGAUGAGAAUAGUAAUAAAAAGGGAAUUUGUAUGUUGUUUAAUUUGUCAAAAAAAAAAAUUGCAGCUAGCUUCCGUGGAGGGGAAAGGGUUAACAUACAGAAUUUGAAAUUAUCAAUUUGGUCCUGAUUUACUACUUCAUAUAAAAAUUAUGUUAAAUAACUCUUGUGUGAUUAUUUAAAGAUCUAAAGACUUUGUAACUUUUGUGUGCGUUAUACCUACCGCUAUUGACUCAUUUACACCAUAUGAGUUUACCACCCAGACUGGUGAAUUGUACUGGAUACUAUUUUGAAAGAUUUGGGAAUUUUUAGCCUAGAAAAGAGAGGACUAUUCAUGUAGAAGGCAGCAACUGUGACUCCAGAGGGCAGAACAUGGAACCAUAGGUUCUUGCAGUAGGCAGAUCUGCUUAAGAUAAAAAAAAUUACUGAUGGAGUUUAUUCAAAAAUGAAAUGGACUGCCUCAUGAGAUGUAAUGAUUUUUAUGAUAAUUGCAAGUGUUCACAGUAGAUGACUCAGAUGUUCUGGAGGGAAUUUAUUUCAGCAUAUUAAAUGGUUGGAUUAGACUAUGACCUCUAUAAGGUCCCUUUCAUCUCUGAAAUUGUGUAAGAGUAUGAAUCCACUAAUUAAAACACUGAAAAUAUUGGCAUUAGUUCAAUACAAAGUGAGAAUAGACUUGAUGUUAAUAAUAAUUAUCUAAACUUUUAGGCAUACUGUUUUAAUCUGGUAAAAAAAAAAACUGCUGUAGGCAGACAACUAAUCAAAUACAGAAAUUUAUAUUUCCUUUAUAAUUUUUUUUCUACUAUUUUAAUAAAAAUGACAUGUUUUAAUAUCUUUUUUGUUUACACUUCAUGAAGACUUAAGCAGCAAGUUUGUAUAUGUUUAUUUGUCAAAGGGGAUUUUAAAUGCUAAUUAAGUAUCCAUUAAAUAACAUUUUCCAUCAUGGUGUUAUGCAAGUAUAUUUGGGAAAAAUUUUAACAGACUAUUACUAAGUCUCACUCUGGUAGACUUGAAAAUUUGGGGUUGAAUACUUAAGUUACAAAUGCUAAAAUUAGGUCAUUACCAUAAAUCUUUAGAUUCUAUGUUGCUAAUAUCUUUUAUCAUAGUACAGUUUAGAAAAAAAAUUUAGGAAAUAUGUGAGUAUUUAACAUGUCUUGGAGUAAUCAGUGAUAUUUAUAGGCAUAUCCCACAAAGCAGGGCCUUGACUGACAUUUUUGCAAUCAAAGCCAUUGUAACUUGUCCAAAAAGUAAAUUAGAUAGUUGGUAACAAUUUGAGUUAUUGCUUGAGCCCUAAUUGCCACAUAACUUGCUGUGUACAUUGACAUAUGAUCCUGUAGAACUGACUGAUCCCUGUAAAGUCAUUCCACUUUGAUACAUCAUGUUUUCAAAGAAUUAGUCAACAAUAUUUAGGUAGGUUAUGCCUAUGUUGUACUUUUCCUUUACCAUGAACAAUGCUAAAAUUUCAGUAAGAAAUAAAGGUAAGAUCAUAUGCAUAAGGUUUUUGUAGCAUCAGUGAUGGGUGCAUAUACAUGUUCACAGAAUGGUAUAUUUAAGUUGAUAAAAUAUAGAUUUAAGAAUCUGCCAAGCUACAAAUGUUUUGUUAUCGACUGUUAUCAUCACAGAUCAUAGUAGUAGCAGCAAACAUAUGGCCUAUUGGGUUGUGUUUUACAGUUUGUUUUUUUUUCAGUUACCCAUACCUUAGUUUCUUUAUGGUUUGGAUUCUUCUAAUCUUUAAUUCUGAAAUCUUUCUCCACUGGGUAUAGAAUUAUAAGACCAUCAGUAAAUCAAAAAAUUAGUAUGAUAUAACCAUGCUGCAAAUGAAUUUUUCAAGGUAAUAUUUUGUUAAAAUCUGGCUUUACUGAUGCUGUUUUCCCUAGAAAUUGCAUUUUGAUGGAUAUUAAUUCAUAAAUUUGCACAAAGGUGCAAUAGUUGAAAUUCCUAGGGUGUGGGUAGUUGUAAAGGAGCCAGUCUUACUGAAUUAUAACUAUACAUUUGUGUAUUCUACAAUCAUUUCCUGUUACUGAUCCCAGACACAAAAGUCAAAAUAUUGCUUUCUAUUCUUUGAGUAAUAAAUUGUAGAAUAUAGAAAGUUACACUAGGUAAGUUUGUUGUAUAAAGAAAUAAUCUUCCCUUCAUUGACCCCAGCCAUUAUUCUAAAUUUUGGGGCGGGGGGGUCCCUGGGUUUCAUCCCUGCUCUGACCCUGCCAUCCAUGCCACCCCAAAAGGAAAUACAAAAUUUUACUAACUUCCUAGGUUUAGAUUGUACCUCAUCUUUAUUUAGCCUAUUUUAUACUGUAUUGAUCACAGUAACAGUCUCAAACAGAACAAAGAAUACAUUUAACUUCAGCCUAGUUUUGUGACUUUAUCUAGAAUCAUUAGCCAAACUCAGUAUUUUAUGGUAAAUGACUAGACAUUUAACUUUCUGCUCUUCACUUCUUGUGGCUUAAGAAGAAAUAAGACUUUCCUUAGAAACUUGAUUUCUUUGACAUCUUUGAUGAAACUUUCAAAUGGAGAGUUCCCCUGUGAGAGUUCAGUUAAAGGAAGUUUUAUCUGGAUGGUUCCUUUUUCUGUAAUGAAUUUGUAAAUAUUUGUAAAAAAAUGUAAACCAAAAUAAACCUAUUAUAAUAAUGGCCAUUAAUUCAAUCAUGUGAUUUUGUCAGUCCUAUCUUGUUACUGUUGAGCAACCUGUUUACUUAGCUUGUUCAUAUUUGUUAUAUUUUUAUAGUGGCAUAGAGCUGUAAUACUGUUUCAGUAUUUAUAUAUUGUGUCUGAGAUUUUAAUUCCCUAUUUUGGCUAUAAACCUGUUUUGUUUUAGAGAUUUGUUUAGGGGAAAUUCAGUAUUCAGGCCCAAUAUUUUUUUUUCCUCUGAAGUAAAUGUUUUCUGUGGUCUCUUACCAGUUGGAAGACAAGUAACUUUAUUUUAUUGUAGUAAUAGUUACUCUAAUAUUCUAUAGUUUGCUAUUUAAAAAUCUUUUAACUUUUUACCUUUGGAUUUAGGGCAUUUGCAUUAUCAAGUCACCAUUUCAACAUUUUCUUGGUUUUAUUACAAAAUGUAAGUCAGUUGGCACAAUACUGCAAUUCCUGUAUCCAUAGCCUGGACUAGUAAACGCUAUAAUGGUUAAGUAUAAUUUCUUCCCCCUACCUCCCACCCAAAGAUCAUUUUGAGUGAAAUUGCGUCUGCUUUUUGAAGUUAAUAUUUGUGAGUGUCUGGACCAAUGCGCCAUCAUCUAUAACAACAGCCUUUUCAAUUACUGGUCUUUUCAUUUUUUUUUUAAAUGCAUGGUUGUCUAAUUCUCUGCAUGGGGGGGGUGAGGUUCAUGAAAUAUUUCUUUAAGAAUGUUUUCUAAAGAAUAAGUUAUUUGCUUGUUAAUUUUUAGGUUCUUACUUUAAACAAUCACCAUCUUUAUUGUCUGUGUUGAAGCAGUAUAAUAAAAAAUUGUGCUCCUGA